AAAUGGCUUCUCGUUGGCAAAAAUUAGUUAAAAGGUUUAUUUUUGUUUUCAGUUUUUGCUAUUUUUUUCUCUUUAAUUUGUUUGAAUCAUAUGGUUACAAUGUUGAGAGAUUGAUUCUUCAUUUGGCGUUACAAUGCUGGCUUUGUUCCCCCCAACCCCCACUACAUGAUUUGAGAAGAUUUUAAUUUAGGGUUUAUGGAGCUCAAUUAGCCGCGAAAAUGGGUGUUGAUUAAUUAAGACUCUUUUACAAAACAAAAAAAAAAAGUUUGAAUUUUUGUUUUUCUUUGUUGGUGGGUGGAUUCUGAUUUUAUCGGCGUUUCCGGCCACACACAAUGACGAAAAGUUCGGUUAAGGAAACGUUGGAGUCUCUCCGUCAGCACGGCGUUAGCGUGAGCUUCAAGGAGUCGUCGUUGAUUCCGUCUCGGUCUACUUCAAGGGCACAAAUGGUGUCGAAUCGUCAAUCGCUUCCGGCGAACUUACGUAAUGCAAUUGCUCAAAUGAGUCCUGCUAAGGACCCGCAUGAUCUCGAUAACGUUGAGUAUUUCUUCCGAGAGAAACUUCGAGUUUGGUGUCGCGUUGCUAAUGGGCAGUGGAACUUGGGGAAGAUACAAUCUACUUCUGUUGAUGAUGUUUGUGUUUUGUUGUCCAAUACCGAAGAGGUUGUGAAAGUAUCAGUGGAAGAGAUUUUUCCUGCUAACCCAGAUAUUUUGGAGGGAGUUGAAGACCUUAUACAGCUUAGUUAUCUGAAUGAACCAUCUGUUCUUUACAACCUAAGGGUCAGAUAUUCACAGGACUUGAUUUAUAGUAAAGCAGGGCCGGUUUUGAUUGCAGUAAAUCCAUUUAAGAAUGUCCAGAUCUAUGGCAAAGAGUUUCUGUCAACGUAUCAGAAUAAGGCUUUGGAUGCUCCUCAUGUUUAUGCAGUGGCAGAUGCAGCUUUUGAUGAGAUGAUGAGAGAGGAGAAGAACCAAUCUAUUAUCAUAAGUGGAGAAAGUGGAGCUGGGAAAACUGAGACAGCAAAAUAUGCAAUGCAGUACUUGGAAGCUCUUGGUGGAGGUAGCUUUGGGGUGGAAAACGAAUUCCUAAAGACAAGUUGUAUACUUGAAGCUUUUGGGAAUGCUAAAACAUUAAGAAAUGACAACUCUAGCCGAUUUGGAAAACUGAUGGAGAUUCAUUUUAGUGCAAAGGGAAAGAUAUGCGGAGCUAAACUUGAAACUUUUCUCCUAGAAAAGUCAAGAGUGGUUCAGCUGUGCAACGGCGAGAGAUCAUACCAUAUCUUCUAUGAAUUGUGUGCAGGAGCUCCACAAAUUCUUAUAGAGAGAUUGAAGCUUAAAGCAGCAAGUGAAUACAAUUAUUUGAACCAGAGCAAAUGCUUAACCAUUGAUCGCAUUAAUGAUGCACAAAAGUUUCACAAACUGAUGGAAGCUUUCAACAUUGUUCAAAUUCCACAAGAAUACCAAGAACGUGCAUUUUCUCUGCUUGCAGCCGUGUUAUGGUUAGGAAAUGUUUCUUUUAAAGUGAUUGACAAUGAAAACUAUGUGGAAGUGGUAGCAGAUGAAGCUGUCACUAAUGUAGCUAUGUUAAUGGGCUGCAAUUCAAAAGAGCUUAUGGUGGUUUUGUCUACAUGCAAGCUCCAAGCUGGUAGAGAUUGCAUUGCUAAAAGACUGACACUGCGACAGGCAACUGAGAUGAGGGAUUCUCUUGCGAAAACCAUCUAUGCGAGCCUAUUCAACUGGCUUGUUGAGCAAAUAAACAUUUCACUGGAAGUUGGUAACUCACGUACAGGAAGAUCUAUUAGUAUCCUUGAUAUAUAUGGGUUUGAAUCAUUUAAGAAUAAUAGUUUCGAACAAUUUUGCAUAAACUAUGCAAAUGAAAGACUGCAGCAACAUUUCAACCGACAUCUAUUUAAACUUGAACAAGAGGAAUAUGAAGGGGAUGGAAUUGAUUGGACUAAGGUCGAAUUCAAAGACAAUCAAGAGUGUCUAAACCUGAUUGAGAAGAAACCCAUUGGUUUGGUAUCGCUACUAGAUGAAGAAUCAAAUUUUCCGAAGGCGACUGAUACAACGUUUGCCAACAAGCUCAAUCAUCAUUUGAGGGCUAACUCUUGUUUCAAGGGAGGGAGAGGUCAGGGUUUCAGAGUUUGUCACUAUGCUGGAGAGGUUCUCUAUGAUACAAACGGCUUCCUGGAAAAGAACAGAGAUCCGCUGCAUGUUGAUCUUAUCCAACUUUUAUCAUCAAGCAAAUGUCAAUUAUUGAACCUGUUUUCUUCUAAGAUGUGUUACAAGUCUCUAAAGUCGGCAACCAUUUCGGACUCCAUGAAUCAAACUGUGAUUACAAAGUUUAAGGGCCAACUUUUCAAGUUGAUGAACAAGUUAGAAGACACCACUCCUCAUUUUAUUCGAUGCAUAAAGCCAAAUUCAAAUCAGCUUCCUGGAAUUUAUGAUGAGAAUCAUGUUCUACAACAGCUUAGAUGUUGUGGCGUUUUGGAGAUUGUUAGAAUAUCAAGAUCAGGAUAUCCUACACGGUUGACACAUCAAGAGCUAGCAGUAAGAUAUGGAUUCAUACUUCUGGCCACAAAAUUCUCCCAGGAUCCACUUAACACAUCAACUGCUAUUCUGAAACAAUACAAUCUUCCUCCUGAAAUGUAUCAAGUUGGUUAUAGGAAAAUAUACCUCCGAACUGGACUAAUUGGCGUCCUUGAGGAAAGAAAAAAAUAUGUUUUAUGUGGCAUACUUGGAUUACAGAAGAAAUUUCGUGGUUAUAAGACUCGUGAACACUAUCACAAUAUGAAGAAUGCUGCAGUGAUGCUUCAGUCAUAUAUCCGCGGAGAACAUGCCAGGAGAAACUACAUUGUGGUCGGAGGAUCAGCUAUCGUUUCCCCAGCAACUAUUGAAGAACUUGAUGCAGUCAUACACUUGCAAUAUGUGGUACGCAAAUGGCUGGCUCGUAAACACUUAAAUAGUAUGCAACAGAAGAAAAAAUCAUGCAAUGGAAAGAAAAGACCGAGAAGAAAGUUAACGAGGAGGGAUUCCAAAGAUAAGGGCCUUCUUUUAGAGCAGCUUCAGGUCCAACCUUUGGCUUUUGCUGAUCUCCAGACCCGGGUUCAGAAAGUCGAAGCAGCUAUAAUGCAGAAGGACGAUGAAAACACUGCAUUGCAGGACGAGUUGCAACGAUUUGAGGAAAGAUGGUUAGAGAACGAAACAAAAAUGAAGUCAAUGGAGGAAACAUGGCAAAAACAUAUGUUGUCAAUGGAGAUGAGUCUUGCAGCUGCUUGUAAGAUUUUGGCUCCAAACAAAACUGCAAGUCAUGGUAAUGACUCAGAGGAUACAAUGUCCUUCGGAACUCCCACAAAAGAGCUUAAGGAUAGCUUGAGUGACGCUAACAAUCUUUCUACAGAAUCUGAUCAACGAAGCGUCAUAAUUAACGAAGAUGCAAAGAGUCUUGUGGAGGUAGGAUUAGAACCAGACUCGAGCUCAAACAGGACGCAGCACGCAGAAGAACUUAGGAGACUGAAGUUAAGAUUUGAGAAAUGGAAGAAAGAUUACAAAGCAAGACUAAGCGAGACAAAGACAAGGCUCCGGUUAAAUGGUGUUGAACGUCGUCGUCGGAAAUGGUGGUGCAAGAAAAGCUGUUGAAACUUAGAUCUUGUUCUCAUGU